AUGCCGUGCUUCUUGAAAGACACAGACACAAAACAAAGCAGAGAUGCAAGAGUGAAGAAUUGGGUGGCAGACAUAAGAGAUGUCGCUUACAAUGCAGAAGACGUCAUCGACACCUUCAUACUCGAAAUAGAACGAUAUAGGAGAAGUGGGUUCGUUGGUUUCUUCAAAUGGUGCCCGUCCAUCGAUUUAUUGGCUCAACGUAAGAUCCGCAAUGAAAUUGAACAGAUAAAGAAUAAAAUAGGGGAGAUCUCUGCAAGUAGGCUGACGUAUGGCAUUAAAGAUGUGGGAGAAGUAGUCCUGUGGGUGAAAGUUUAUGAAGAAAUAAAGACACUGGUGGCACGGUUGAUCGAUGGCGAUUCACGACAUUGUGUGGUUUCUGUAGUUGGAAUGGGAGGUCUCGGCAAGACCACUCUUGCAAUUAAAGUGUAUAACAAGGAAGCUGUUAAGAAACGUUUUGAUUUUUGUGCUUGGGUUUUUGUAUCUCAACAACAUGUGGAGAGGAGAUUUCUUGUGGUGUUGGAUGAUAUAUGGAAUACUGAAGCAUGGGAUUCUUUACUGGCUGCUUUUCCAGAUAUGAACAAGGGAAGUCGAGUCCUACUCACCACCCACAACAGAGAUGUAGCUUCAUAUGCAGAUCCACAGAGCUCUCCCCAGAAGUUGCAGCUUUUAGGAGAUGAAGUGGGAUGGAAAUUGUUUUGUAACAAAACAUUCUUAGAGCAAGGUAUUCAUUAUCCGCAAAAUUUAGAGAAGCUUGGAGAAGAGAUUGUGAAAAAAUGUUGUCGUUUGGCUCUUGCUAUUGUUGUCAAUGGGGGCCUACUAUCAAGAAAAGCAAAGGAUCCAAACGAGUGGGGGAAAGCACUCCAGAGAAUUAGCACGCAAUCUGUUGAUGAUAAAUCUCGAAUCACAAACAUAUUAAGCUAUGAAGAUCUACCCUACCAUCUGAAGCCAUACUUUCUCUACUUUGGCAUUUUUCCAGAAGACCAUGAGAUUAGUGCUAAGAAAUUGAUUCGUUUGUGGGUCACCGAAGGAUUUAUAGAGCCAACAGGGGAAGAAACGGUGGAGGAAGCUGCAGAUGAUUGCCUUGAGGAACUGAUCCAUAGAAGUCUGAUUCAAGUAGUGAAAAGAAAUUUCAUUGGCAGAGUAAAAAGUUGCCGUAUCCAUGAUCUCUUACUUGAACUCUCAAUUUCAAAAGCAAAGGAAGAUAAAUUCCUCAACGUUCAUCGUGGAGAUACAAAUCCUCUCUCUCCAUCGAAAGCAUGCCGGCUUGCUAUUCAUCAUGCCAUUAGCAGGUACACUUCUUUAAAUCAUGCCAACCAAUACCUUCGCUUUGUGUCAUCCUUCACUUUAGACAGUGAAUGGCUUGGAAAAAAGCAAGAGGAGUUUCUUUACAGUGGAUUCAGUUUGCUUAGGGUGUUACAUUUAGAUGUAUCUAACCCAUCAUAUGUAAAGCUUCCAAACGAAAUAUGUAGACUGAUCCACUUAAGAUACCUUGGCUUCAGGAUGUGUUUGAGGGGAAAGUUAGAGAAGCCACCCGAGUGGUAUGAAUUCUCACCUAACCUCAGCAAGCUUACCUUGGAAUUGUCCAAGUUAAUGGUAGACCCGAUGGCAACAUUAGAGAAACUGCCCAACCUUCGGAUUCUCAGAUUGCUUCUUGAUUCUUACAUGGGAAAGGAAAUGGUCUGCUCUGCACAAGGGUUUCCUCAACUCGAAUCCUUACAUGUUAUACAGUUACCUGAAUUAGAAGAAUGGAUAAUAGAGGAAGGAGCGAUGCCAAGGCUUUUACAUUUGCUGAUUUGGAACUGCUAUCAUUUAAAGAUGCUUCCAGGACUGCAACAUGUGACUAUCCUCAAGAAAUUGGUUGUGGGUUCCAUGCCCAAUGAAUUCAAAGACAGAAUGCGGGAAAACGGCGGAGAGGAUUAG